AUUCCUAAUUCACCGAUACCUAAUUCACCGAUUCCUAAUCCACCGAUACCUAAUUCCCCGAUACCUAAUUCCCCGAUACCUAAUUCCCCGAUACCUAAUUCCCCGAUACCUAAUUCCCCGAUACCUAAUUCCCCGAUACCUAAUAUACCUAAUUCCCCGAUACCUAAUUCCCCGAUACCUAAUUCCCCGAUACCUAAUUCCCCGAUACCUAAUUCACCGAUACCUAAUUCACCGAUUCCUAAUUCCCCGAUUACCAAUUCCCCGAUACCUAAUUCCCCGAUACCUAAUUCCCCGAUUCCUAAUUCACCGAUUUCUAAUUCACCGAUACCU